AUGGUUCAUGAUAUAAAUAAUACUGCAACACCAGACAAAGCAUCUACGAUAGGUACUGGUGAUAUAUCAUUAGAUGAAAAACGUAAAAAAGUUGGAAAUUAUGUUAUAUUAAAAACAAUUGGUGAAGGCAGUUUUGCUAAAGUUCGAUUAGGUAUUCAUUUAAUUACUGAAAUGAAAGUUGCUGUUAAAGUUAUUAAUAAGCGUGAAGUAUUUAAACGAAAUUAUUUACGAGCUAAUUUACGUCGUGAAGCCUCAAUGAUGCAACGUAUGUCCCAUGAACAUAUUGUUCAAUUACAUGAAGUUAUGGAAACGGAAAAUUCCUAUUAUAUUGUCAUGGAUUUAGUUCAAGGCAGUGAAUUUGUUAAAUAUUUAACAAAAAAGAAACAAUUAGAUGAGAAUGAAACAAGAAAAUAUAUUCGACAAAUUGUUUCUGCUGUUGAUCAUAUGCAUCAUGCAGGCGUUAUUCAUCGAGAUAUAAAACUACAAAAUUUUAUGCUUGAUCAAAAUAAUGAUAUUGUUAUCAUAGAUUUUGGUUUAAGUAAUUGUCUUGAUGAUAAAGGUUUUUUAACUACUCAAUGCGGGUCACCAGCUUAUGCUGCUCCAGAAAUAUUUGCACAUCAAGAGUAUGGUUCAGCAGUAGAUAUUUGGAGCAUUGGUGUUAAUAUGUAUGCUAUGUUAGUUGGCAAACUUCCAUUUAAAGUUGAACAUCGCAGUCGAAAUCUUGCUAAACUUCAUGCUUGUAUUCUCAAAGGUUGUGAAAUACCAAAUACACUUUCAAGAGAUUGUCAAGAUUUAUUAACAAGAUUAUUAGAACCUUCACCAACAAAACGAAUAUCAAUGCAAGAAAUUCUUCGUCAUCCAUUUUUAGUAUCACAAUUGGACCCUAUUUCACUUACACCAUAUAGACCACAUUACGAAGUUCGAGAAAUAAAUAAAAAUAUUACUAAAUAUCUUGCAUUAAAACAUGAUUAUUCAGAACAAGAAAUUGAAGAUGCUGUAUUACACAGAAAACCAAUUGCAUCUCGAGCACUUUAUACAUUAUUUGAAAGACGUCUUCAAGAAGGUCUCGGUUGGCCUGAUCGAGCAUAUAAUAAUUCAGUUGCAGGUAUGUCAUCGACAAAAGCAACAACAGGUGGCUGUGCUAUGGGUGAUGGUUCAUCAGAUGUUAUUCUUCUCGAUAAACUUGAUCGUCAUGAACCCUUGUUACCUGGUCGCCGUGUGGCACCUCGACAAUCAUCAUCAGUAGUAAAUAAUAACAAUAAUAAGAUGAUUCGAGAAAAAUCAAAUUAUGCUCUUGAUGAACAAAUUUUCGUACGAACCAAUACCGGUGGUGGUGGUGGUGGUGGCAGUACUAUGACUGCUGGUUUAACACAGGAGGCACUAAACGAAUUAGUACCAGUAUCAAGAAUAGGAUCACGAAAAUUAUAUCAUGAUAUUGUUUUAAGAAAAAGUUCAGCUAUUGGUGGUCAGGCAGAAUUGACUAAUGAACAUGAUGGUACACGACGAAUAAUAAAUACAAAUAGUCUUGUUCCUAUCAAGCCUUCUGUUUCAACGCAACGAGGAAAUAUUUUUAUAUUACAGCAACAGCAACAGCAACAACACAAAAUGAAACCACGGAGUUUACCAAAUUCAACACUCGAUCAUGCUAAUCAAAAUGGUUUUCAUUUACCACAUGAUCCAUAUGGUUCUCGUGCAUCAAAAAAUCCUAGUCGAACGUCACAUUUUGAACAUCCGAAAAAAAGUCAACAAAAUUCACCUAUUCGAUAUAACCCUGCUCCAUCAGUAACAGUAAAAGCAAUUGGAUUGUUUUUAAAAAAUUCUGGUCUACAAUCACGUGUUAGUUCAUGUAGUAGUAAAUCAUCAAAAAGUAGUGGAUGUGGAACACUUGAUAUUCAUCAACAAUCACCACCAUUGAAAUUCUAUCCAAAUACUAAACAGACAAUAAUUAAUUAUCAUUCACAAGGAAAUUUAACAUCAACAGCUACAACAAAACAAAAAUUAGUAAAAACAAAUGGAUCAUCACAUCAUAUUUCAUCAAACAAAGUUCCACAUACGACAACAGCUGGCGGACAAAAAGUAAUGCCGACAUAA